AUGACGACUUUAUUACAGCUUCUGUCAAAUUAUUAUAAGGCUAAAUUAGACUCAGAACGAAUAUACAACGAAUACGUUCAAUCACAGUAUGAGUUUGCGUCUUUGGUCAAGUCAAAUAACAAUAGAGACGAUCAGCAUCCAAAGAAGACAGUUGAUGAAACACUGUUUUUACAGAGACAAAUUGCCCAGUUGAAUAAGCAAUUGCAACUUUCAUUUCAAGAGAAUGAAAAGCUAUCAAAUGUACAGAAGAAUCAAAAGGCGCUCUACCAAAGUAAGUUAUCCAGUAAGGAUACACUCAUUGAUGACUUGAAGCUAAAACUAAAAGUCGAACAGAUACCUGUAGACAGACAUAGUAAAGAAAAGACACCUUCGACGGGUUCUAAUGAACAACAGCACGGUGUAAGAACGGCUGGCCCAUCAAACCCCAGAAUUCAUCUUCUUUCACCAAUUGUAAAUCGUGAUAAAAUUUAUAAUCAAAAGAAACACCAAAGUGGCAAUGAACCUGAUUCUCCUACAUCAAAGAGAAAGUCAAAAGGGCUGCGAUCUCUAUUGAGCUCAGGUAAGAACACAAUAUUUGAUUCAAUAUCCAAGAAUCUUGACGAUGAGAUUAAUGAAAAUGGGCCUAUCAGAAAUGAUUUCACCAUUUUUAAAACAUCUGAUAAGUCGCCAUCAGCAUCGUUAGAGCUUCAGAAACCCUCAGAAUUGCAUAAUGAAAAGAAUAAAAUAGUAACUAAAGAUGAUUCACUUCACUCAAAGGAUAAGCGGGACAAGCUGUCAUCCAGGAAAUUGGAUAACAUUGAACUCUCAAGUGUUGUUGACUCUACAAUAACGUCAUCGAGAAGUUCUACUGCAUACGCAAAUGAUGUUUUGGGGAAUAGAGACUACAACCAUGGGAUUACUAAUCUUAAAAAAAUCAGCACUUUGACCACUUCUCCUGUUAAGAGUAGCACCGCUACGAAUAAGAAAAGAAAACUCACAAGACAACGUAUUACCACAUUACCCAAUUCAGAUGAAGAAUUAAGCAACGAUAUGAACGUUGAUGAGUUCAUGUGA